CACACAACUGGAGACGAGCUCCUCGCAGGAAAGAAAAACUGGAUGGCUUGAUACAAGAGCGGGAGGGCUGCCUUUAAUAAAGAGAGAACGGCGGAGAAGCUCUCGCACCAAGCGGCAACUUUGAGGAGCUGAAAUCACAACCGAAGGUUUGAGAGGUUUCCUCCUGAGUCAAAAUGAGCUGGAGCUUCCUUACACGUCUGUUGGACGAGAUUUCCAACCACUCCACCUUUGUGGGCAAAAUCUGGCUCACCUUCCUCAUUGUCUUCCGCAUCGUGCUGACAGCUGUCGGGGGCGAAUCGAUCUACUACGAUGAACAGAGUAAAUUUGUGUGUAACACACAGCAACCUGGUUGUGAGAAUGUGUGCUACGAUGCUUUCGCGCCGCUAUCGCACAUUCGCUUCUGGGUGUUCCAGGUGAUUAUGAUCACCACCCCCACCAUCAUGUACCUUGGCUUUGCUAUGCAUAAGAUUGCCCGCAUGGAGGACGAUGACUACCGGCCGCGGGGCAGGAAGAGGAUGCCGAUAGUGAGCCGCGGUGCCAACCGGGACUACGAGGAAGCAGAGGACAAUGGGGAGGAGGACCCCAUGAUCCUGGAAGAGAUUGAGCCAGAAAAGGAAAAAGAAGCUGUUGAGAAGCCUAGCAAAAAGCAUGACGGACGGCGUCGCAUAAAGCGUGACGGCCUGAUGAAGGUCUACGUGUUUCAGCUGCUGUCACGUGCCAUCUUUGAGGUCUCGUUCCUGUUUGGACAAUACAUCCUCUAUGGGCUGGAAGUGGUGCCGUCGUACGUAUGCACACGCUCUCCUUGCCCACACACUGUGGACUGCUUUGUCUCACGUCCCACGGAGAAAACGAUCUUCCUGCUCAUCAUGUACGCCGUCAGCGCCUUGUGUCUGCUUUUCACCGUGCUGGAGAUCCUUCACCUCGGCAUCAGUGGCAUUCGGGACUGCUUCUGCGCACCACGGCCUCGGCCUCCCACCCCCCGUCACCCAGCUCUGGCCAGCCAGAGGUCCUCCAUCUGCCGCCAGCCCUCUGCACCUCCAGGCUACCACACUGCUCUGAAGAAGGACCCAUCAGGAAAAAUGGGCUUCAGAGAUAACCUGGGAGACUCGGGUCGCGAGUCGUUUGGGGACGAGGCUUCGUCGAGGGAGCUGGAGAGGCUGCGCAGACACCUAAAACUGGCCCAGCAGCAUCUGGACAUGGCUUACCAGAACGAGGAGAGCAGCCCGUCACGCAGCAGCAGCCCAGAGUCCAACGGUACCGCAGUUGAGCAGAACAGACUAAACUUUGCCCAGGAGAAGCAGAGCAGUACAUGUGAGAAAGGUCUCCGUGCAUAGGUUCUCAACAGCCCAGCUGCCAUUAUAGAGUUAAAUUCACAUCAGGAUCAAUGAGCGGACAUAAGGGAAUCAAAGUGAGAGUGAGUGUGUGUUUAGGUGUGUGUGUGUGCGCAACAUGAAUUUGCUUGAGGUGGAUGAAGUCAGCCCAAGCCGUCCAGUGUUACGGCCAGUCAUGGUCGAGCAUCGAGUCAAACAAGGAGGAGAAUGGUCGUCUCAAUCCAGCAAUACUUGAGACAGCAGCCUGUCUGAAGAUCCAAAGUGCUUACAAACUACCGUCGAGCAGCAAGAACGGUUAAGGUUAACGUGUCCUUCUCCCUCAGGGCAGCUAUUCUUUUUUUAAAUAUUUUUAUUAUUACGAGACUUAGAGCUAUUAGUCAUUUUUAAGAGUUUGUCAUCUGUUGGAAGUUCAGUGAGUGCAUCUCAAGUUUGCCUUAGACCUAAACUGGAACUCUGUUUUAUGGCAUUUUUGUUGAGGCAAGGCCAAGCCAGUCGUAGUGCAAAAAAAGGUGUUUAAACUGUAAGAACCUUGUACUCUGUGAGGAAGUGAAACAGUGAGUGAGUGCGUGCUUGUAGAUGCAAACUAAAGGUUAACAGACAAGGCACCACUCAAUAAAAGAAAGGUACUGGAGUCAUUGUCGUGCUGAUGAAGACUUUCUGAGGUGUUAAAUGCAAACAAAUGUUUCUGUCGGUUGUUUUGACGAUGUUGGCGCCGCACCAGUCAACAUUCCGAAGCCUGGUGCCUCGAUGGUAACUGGAACACACUUGGGGUGCCUUUGUCCAAAGGAAUAAACAAACCUGGGUAAUGCUUGAAAAACAUGUAACUCUUGAUAUUGUCUUGUCAUGUUCAAACGUGUAUUUGAUACUGUUCUUUAUUUUUGUAUUAGUUUUGAGUAUUGUGGUAUUGAAAAGAGGCUCUGUCACUGUGGCUUAUUUUUGAUUUUCAAAGAAUGACAUUCACUGCUGUCUUAGCUCCCUAAAGCCCGAUUUAGCCCAUGGACCUGCGCAUUCUGAAAGUGGUUCAGUUUGAGUUCAGUUGUGACAGUUUUUUGCAUAACAAAAAUACUCAGUAACCUGCAUCUUAGUUUAUUUUUUACACAUCCCUUUUGACCAGCAAACGUUUCCCCUUUUCCAUACAGACCCAAAUUUAAUUGCAUCUGUUGGUUAAUUGAGGGGUCAUGUUCCAUGUCUGAAAGUGCUGAUUUUUGGACUAGUGUUGUCACUGCUCCAGAGUCUCAAUGCGAGCUGUAAACCAUGUAAUCAUUUCAAUGUGAAUUCAAUGCCUUGAAUGCGCUCUACUAAGAUGCCAUCUUUUGUAUUUUGAAUCAUACCCACAGUGCCAUUAGUGCCAACUCAAAUGUUGUCAUCUCAAGUUAUUUUUGAGCAAUGCUUUUUGUACUUUUUAUACUUUUUUGUAUUGAUAGUACUUUGUGGUUAGUUUUUAAAAUAAAAUUUUUCAUCAAAUACCA